UGUCAGGAAAGUUGGCCCGCCCGAGAUAAAUGGACCCUGGAGCGCCUCAAACGCAAGUACCGCAACCAAAAGUUUAAGUGCGGCGAGGACAAUGACGGCUACUCGGUGAAGAUGAAGAUGAAGUACUAUGUUGAAUACUUGGAGGGCACCAGGGAUGACAGCCCGCUCUACAUUUUUGACAGUAGCUACGGUGAACAUGCUAAACGCCGGAAGCUGCUGGAGGACUACGAGGUUCCUGUCUUCUUCAGAGACGACCUCUUUCAGUUUGCAGGGGAGAAACGCAGACCACCAUACAG